AUGCGUGGUGGUAGUGGAAAAGGCGGAGGGUGGUGGGUAGUAGUGACAGGGAGUGGUGGUGGUGAAGGGUGGUAUGUAGUGGUGGGAAUGGUGGUUAUGAUAGUUGGUGGAUGGGUCAGUGGUGAUGGUGUUAAUGGAUGGGUGAUUGCAGGUGGUGGUGGCAUGUGGUGGUGGGUCGGUGGUAGUGGUGAUGAGGUGGUUGUGAUGGGUGGUAGAGGUGGGUGGUGGUGGCAGCGAUAUGUGGUAGAGGUGAGUGGUGGUGAUGGUAGGUGGUGGGUAGGUGGUGGUAUUGGUAAGUGGUGGUUGGUGGUAGUGACAAGUAUUGGUAACGAUGGUGGGUGGUUGUGGUUGUGGUUGGUGGUAGAGGUGGGUGGUGAUAAUGGGGGUGGGUGGUAG